CUCUAGGUGACGCUGUGUUGUAGCUGAUUGGCUGACGCGGUCGUGCGGUACGUCCUGUACGUUUUCUGCUGACACGUGACAGUACCCGGAUUUUGGUGACGUCGCAGAACAACAAAGAUGGCAGGAAUAGGAAGCAGCACGUACUGGGAAGAUCUGCGAAAGCAGGCCAGACAGUUGGAGAACGAACUUGAUCUGAAGUUGGUCUCUUUCAGUAAAUUAUGCACCAGCUACAGCAGCUCCAGAGAUGGACGUCGAGGAGACACGUCAGACACCACACCUCUGCUAAACAACUCUACCCAGGACAGGAUGUUUGACACCAUGUCAGUGGAGAUUGAACAGUUGCUAGCCAAACUGACUGCAGUGAAUGACAAGAUGGCGGAGUACACCAACUCUCCGGGCGCAGCUGCUCUCAACGCUGCUCUCAUGCACACGCUCCAGAGGCACAGGGACAUCCUACAGGACUACACACAUGAAUUCCACAAAACCAAAGGCAACUUUUUGGCCAUCCGGGAAAGGGAAGACCUUCUAGGGUCUGUCAGGAAAGACAUUGAGACAUACAAGAGCGGUUCUGGGGUCAACAACAGAAGAACAGAGCUGUUCCUAAAGGAGCAUGAGCAUCUGAGAAACUCAGAUCGACUGAUGGAUGACACAAUAAGCAUUGCUAUGGCGACCAAGGAGAACGUAACCUUCCAAAGGGGCAUGCUGAAAUCCAUACAGAGCAAGGUCAAUACUCUGGCCAACCGUUUCCCAGCUAUCAACAACCUCAUUCAGCGAAUCAACCUGCGAAAGAGAAGGGACUCUCUGAUCCUUGGCGCGGUGAUUGGCGUUUGCACCAUUCUCCUCCUGCUCUAUGCCUUCCACUGAAACUCAGUCUUUAAAGAGGCAGGAUUCAUCUGCUCUUUGUAGCAUGGAAACUCUCUGGGGGCUGAGCUGAGUGAUUGGAGGACCCUGGAGGUUCCCGAGCAGAAGGACAUUAAGUUGGUCCAGUUUUGGGACAGGAGCAAAUUUUGGCCAACAUUUUCUACUGAACCUGUAUUUAGCAGCGGGGACAGAUGGCGGGUUGGUGGUUGGGUGUUUUCUGCCAACAAGAGAACGAAGACCAAAACUACAAAUAAGACUAGAUAAAAAAUAUAUAUUGAUAGAUCACCUUGAGAGCAAUUCUGUACCACUGAAAGUGUAAAGAGACUGAGAUUGUGUGAUGGAUUUAUUAUUAUUAUUUUCACAGGUAAAGGAUUUUAAGCUGAAUGGUUGUUUUUAAUUGGUGGAGUGGGAUGGAUAGUUAAUUGUGGGCUGUACAAUGUGAAUUAAUAAAUUAUUCAUAUCAGUAUGUACAACAAAGUGUGUGACACUAGAAGAUGCUCAUUUAGAACAUUUUUGAAACUCUAUUAUUUGAAACUUCAUCAACAUUUCUGCAUAAAUGUAAUGCCACCACAAGGCUCCAAUAAUAAUAAUAAUAAUAAUAAUAAUAAUAACAACAAUUAAUAAUAAUUAAUAAUAAUCUGUUACAUUUUAUGUGUUUUACUCGUGGAAAGUGGAUUUAUAAAGUUAAUGACAGGUGGGAGAGAGAUUCAAGAAAGUGAUAUUGAGGUUCAAAGGCAGAGCCAUCGUUUGUAUCUUACAUUUUUACAUUCAGACGUUCUGAGCAAAAGUGUUAAGCCACCCCACAUUUCUUCGUUUUUGUUUGAAAAUGGGAAAUAUGUGCAGCAGUUUUUUUGAAACAUUUAUAAGCCUGCGUUAACAUACAGUUCAUAAGGCAAAAAAAAGGAGUUUGUACAGUUCUAAUAAGCUUGAAAGUCAAUAUUUCGUGGGACCAGCUUUCUUGUAAUUUCUUUUGUCUUCAGCAAAAGUUCUCCAGAUUUCUUGAUAGACGUUCAAAACUCUUCUUUGGAUAUUCGAUGCCUUUUGUUCUUUGGCAGAGUGUUUGGGAUCAAUGUCAUGCUAAAAAGGCUGAUGGAACUGCAUGGUGGAUCAGUCUGAUGAUACUUUUGCAAAUACAGCCCCAAAACACGAUGAUUUGAAUAAAAACCUGUGUAAUGUUGCCUUUCCUCCCUGUUUCUCUACCUUGCACUGAGACCAUUUCUGAUGAGACUUCAGUGAACAGUAGACGGACAGAAAAUUAGUGAAGAAGAAGCCAAUAUCCAAAUAAAACCUUUGAAAGACCUUCAGGAAGACAAAAGCACUAUUGCGCAAGAACGCGUUAAUAAAGUCAAGAAAGACUGGCUCAGUGGAAGCAAAAUAUAAAGAAAUGAGGGGUGGCUCAAGACUUUUGGACAGCACUGUCAAUAAAUUAACUCACAGGUUAAUCAGGAGCCAUUACUUGUUAAAAUAAGGCAUUUUUAGUAUGAGGCAGUCAUGGCAUAGAAUGAAAACAAUCAUUACUUGCACACAUCCACAUUAAUAUAUACAUUUCAGUUACUUCUUACUGUAAUCUUUUAAACUUGUGUUAAAGUUUUUGUAACUUGCUUGAUCGUCUAAGUUCAGUCCUAAAUCAUUGAAUAUAAGAAAGCAUUAAAUAAAUGGUAGCUUUUCUCUUUUGGGACAGUUGAUCCACAUGCUUGCCUGAUUGGCUGUUUUCAAAGCCAUGCAAAAUAAAGUAUCUUUUAAGAAGAAAAAAA